AUUAUUAGGAAAGCUCUAACAGAGGAAAAACAAGUGUCCACAAAGACAUCUGCAGCAGAUCUUGUGACAGAAACUGAUCAUUUUGUGGAAAAUUUAAUUAUUUCUGUUCUGAAAGAGAAGUUUCCCUCCCACAGGUUUAUUGCAGAAGAAUCCACUGCUGCUGGUUCCAAAUGUGUCCUCACCGACAGUCCCACCUGGAUUAUUGACCCUGUUGAUGGAACGUGCAACUUUGUGCACAGAUUUCCAACAGUGGCAGUGAGCAUUGGAUUUGCUGUUAACAAAGAGCUUGAAUUUGGUGUAAUUUACCACUGCACUGAAGAACGAUUAUACACUGGUAGAAGAGGUCAAGGGGCAUUUUGUAAUGACAAAAGGCUUCAGGUAUCAAAAGAGACAGAUAUCUCGAAGGCCUUAAUCUUAACAGAAAUUGGCCCGAAACGUGACCCUGCAACUCUGAAACUGUUCCUUGGUAACAUUGAGAGAUUGCUGAAGGCCCAAGCACACGGGGUCCGUGUCCUCGGGAGCUCCACCCUGGCCCUGUGCCACCUGGCCUCCGGCGCGGCAGACGCCUACUACCAGUUCGGGCUGCACUGCUGGGACAUGGCGGCGGCCACCGUCAUCAUCAGAGAGGCGGGUGGCACCGUCAUAGACACCUCGGGGGGACCUCUGGAUCUUAUGUCCUGCCGCGUGGUGGCCGCGGGCAGCAGGGAGAUGGCGACGUUCAUAGCUCAGGAACUACAAACUAUUCCCUACCGGCGGGACGACGAGGACUGA